AUCUUGUUGUGAAUUAAUUUUCUGUAGUGAACUUGUGUAUAAUAAAUUGCAUUUAAUUAUAAUAUUAGCUACAUAUAGCUUUAUAACUAGUGAUAAGUAAUAAAUUGCAUAGGGCAAAACAUUAUCCAUGUAAUUUUGUAUCGGGCAAAUGAAACGUUUCCGUACAUUAAUAUUUAAGUUUAACUUCGAAUCUUUAAAUUCGCAAUUUUCAUUCACAAACUUCUGCAGGAGGCAGCACAGCAGAGUAAUGACUUCAACGAAGAGUAUCAGUGACAUGGGAUAUGCCUUCAACACAGGCGGCCAAUUAAGAAAGUUGGAAGCAAAUGGUGAACCUGGCGACACUCCAUUCCAGUUUAACAUAAGUGAGAACCACCAAGAAUGUCAGAAGAAUUAUGAAGAACUGGGGGAAGUGAUAACGGAGUAUGUGUACAAGCUUCUUGAAGAAAAUGAGAACCUUGUCAAGUUGCCCGUACCUACAGAUAGUAAGGCAAGAACUUUUGUGUACGCUUCCAGAGAUUAUGACAAGAAAGAUAAAUUGUUGGUGCUAAUCCAUGGUUCUGGAGUAGUCAGAGCUGGCCAGUGGGCAAGAUCCCUAAUAAUAAACGACAGCUUAAAUUCAGGCACACAGAUACCAUACAUUAGAAAAGCAAUAGCUAAAGACUAUGGAGUCAUCAUCCUGAACACUAAUGACAACUACACAAGUGAAGGAGACAAGAUACCUCACAGCAGUAAUCCUGAAGAACAUGCUAUUUAUGUGUGGAAGACAUACAUAGCCAGUUGCAGUGCAUCUUCAGUGGCCAUUGUAGCACACAGCUACGGAGGUGUGGUGACACUUGCGUUGGCUGAUAAAAUUAAAGACUUUGAGAAGAGAGUUAAAGCUAUAGCCUUCACAGACUCGGUGCAUGGAUUCUCUCAGUUCAAAAUUACGAAACAUCUGAAACAGAUAGCAAAAAAUUGGGUCGCAAGUGGAGAGCCUUUAGACACUCCAAUGAAGACAUCACAACAUGAUAUUGUCAGAGUUUCAGCAGGUCACCCAAAGCAUGAGAUGACAUCCCAUGCAUGUAUAGAAUCGGUGUUCAAAUUUAUUGAUGAAAAACUAACAAAUCAGGGGAUGGCAACUUAA